AUGGGCUGCCAGGAAGUGCACGCCGUGACCCUGCUGGCCUUUGUCUGCGGCACGGCCUCCAUCUCGGGGCUGUUCGCUGCCACCCUGCUACCCCAGUGGCGGCAGAUGAGACUAUACACCUAUAAUCGCAAUGAGAAGAACUUGACAGUCAGCAUUGGACUCUGGGUGAAGUGCACACGGCAGGAGUGGAGCAGAGAAUGCAUGAUGUAUGACACCGAGUGGUACGCCAGCGUGGACCAGCUGGACAUCCGUGUUCUACAGUUUGCUCUUCCCUUUAGCAUCCUGACCGCUGGCUCCGCCCUCAUCUUGUGCCUAACCGGAAUAUGCAACACCACCUUCACCUCCAAUGUGCCGAACCUAAAAAUUGCCAAGUGUCUCAUCAACAGCGCUGGUUGCCAUCUUGUGGCAGGCUUGCUGUAUAUCCUAGCUGGUGUCAUUAGCCUGACUCCUUCUAUCUGGUCCAUAUUUUACACCAAUGUGUUAAACAGAAAAUACGGGUCUCUGUUCACCUAUGACAUUGCAGUGUUUGUUGCCAUAGGCAGCUCUGGCGGGAUGUUCCUCACUGCCCUGUUACUGUUUUUGUGGUACUGUGCCUGCAAGUCCUUGCCAUCGCCAUUUUGGCAGCCAUUGUAUUCCCAUGUACCCAGCAUGCACAGCUACGUUGCGCCCUCGUACUCGGCAAGGUCCCGUAUGUCGGCCAUAGAGAUAGACAUUCCUGUGGUUACUCACACUACAUAG